AUGCAGGCCAACUCUCACGUGCUGGAAACCUCCUCGGACGUGGAGGAGCAGCGCUCCGAACUCCUUGGGAACAUGCGCCUGCCAGGCGCAAGCAUGCCUGGGCGCCUCGCUUUUGGUUUGGGCUUGCUCGGCUUCGCAUUGCUGGGGCUGGGCUUCCUCGCCGGCCGCACGACGAUGCCGCCGCAGCCCUCGAGCGAGGCCUUCGAAUCCGCGGUGAUCCAGCGCUUCGACCAGUCGCACACAGAUGCCGUGGUGAAAGACAUCUUCAACCAGUUCGAUGCGAACGGCGACGGGGUUUUGGACAUGAGCGAAACAAAAGGCCUCCUGAAGCAGGUGUUGAAGGAGACGGGGGAAACUCGAAGCGACGAUGAGAUUCAUGAGGCCGCCCAGGAGCUUGACCACGAUUCCUCCGGAGGGGUUCAGAAGACCGAGCUGAAGCAACUCGUGAACCACCUCAUGAGUGGCUUCAAGCGCUAA